AUGCCGAUUGCUGCUUGGGUGCUCUGUGCCAUCGUGGUGAGCGUGCUCGCUUCGAUUGACAAUGUCACCAAGCCAAGCAUCGCGGCUGAUGAGAAUGGCACGCUUCAUAUCAAUACCACCGGUCGGGUUAUGAUCAAUGGCAUCGAUGUCGUCAACGCGCUGGCUCAAGCCACGCAACAGCUUUUGUAUCUGUCACAGUCUAGCACGGUAUUCUUUAGCUCCACCGUUGUUUCCAAGUCGACAUUCGGCCCUCGUUCAGUGUACGCGGCAGACUUGGAUGGCGAUGGGGUCAAGGACAUCAUCAGUGCGAGUCAAGACGACGGCAAGGUUGCAUGGUAUCGCAAUGAAGGAAGCGGCACAUUUUCAUCUCAAAUUGUCAUUUUUGACGGGGACAAUCUCGUACGCUCGGUGGUUGCGGCUGAUUUGGAUGGAGAUGGCGAUAUGGAUGUCCUCAGCGCCAUCGGAUAUGAUGCUGAUGAGGUGGCAUGGUACCAGAACAACGGAACAGGUGGGUUCUCGGGCAAACGUGUCAUUGCGUCAAACAUCAAGGGGGCUCACUCGGUGUUUGCGGCCGACCUCGACAAUGAUGGUGACCUGGACGUGCUGAGUGCCGAUCUCCAUGACAACAAGGUUUCGUGGUACCGCAACAACGGAUCCGGCCAGUUCUCACAAAGGCUGGUGAUCUCCGACGAGACUGAAUUUGUUCACUGCGCCUACGCGGCAGACUUGGAUGGUGACGGCGACUUGGAUGUCUUGAGUGCAAGUUUCGAUGAUGAUAAGAUUGCAUGGUAUCGCAACAAUGGUGGUGGUGACUUUUCGAGCCAGAUCGUUAUUACUACACGAACAGACGGCGCCACCUGGGUGAGCGCAGCAGAUUUGAAUGGGGAUGGUCAUCUCGAUGUGUUGAGCGCCAGUCAAAACGACAACAAGGUUGCGUGGUAUCGCAAUGACGGAAGUGGGAACUUUUCAGGAACAUGGAUUAUUUCCACGACUGCGUACGGCGCGCGCGUUGCAUGCGCCGCCGAUAUGGACGGAGAUGGACAGUUGGACAUUAUUAGCGCAAGCUCUAAUGACGAUAAAAUCAUGUGGUAUCGCAACGAAGGCAAAAAUGGCUUCUCACCUCAAAUGAUCGCAAGGGUAGCGAGUGGUGCCUGGUCAGUGUACGCGGCAGACCUGGACGGAGACGGCGAUUUGGAUGUUGUGAGUGCAUCAGACUCUAACAGCGAAAUAGCGUGGCAUCGCAAUAACGGCCGCUCGCCAUUUGGAUAA